AUGGGAAAAAUCAUCAUUUAUGAGCAUGCCAACUUCCAGGGUCGCUCCAGAGAAUUCACCGGUAACAUCGGCAAUCUAAAAGAUGUAGGUUGGAACGAUGUUGUCUCCUCAGUGAAAGUCAUUGGCCAGCCUUGGGUGGCUUAUGAGCACCUCAACUACACGGGCCGGUUACUGGUAUUUGAGGAGGGAGAGCAUAGCUUUGUGGGUGAAGAGAUGAAUGAUAAGAUCACUUCUCUGCUGCUGAUCACUGAAAAUCUGCAGAAUCCCCAGAUCACUCUAUAUGAACAUGCCCAAUAUCAUGGGAAGAGCAGGGUGAUAAGAAAAGCAACUGAUCUGGGUAGAGGAUACGACAAUGACACCAUAUCUUCUCACAAAGUCCAGAAAGGUGCCUGGCUGUUGUGCGAAAACAGCGAUGGAAGUGGGUUUCGUUACAUUGCGCGAGAACACGAAGAGCUUUCAGAUUACAAUAUAAUCAAAUUCAAUGACAAGCUUUCAUUUCUGCGCCCCCUCCUCCCUGGCAGGAGAUGUUGCCCUUAG